AUGACAUUUGAGGUCGGGAAGCCGCCGCCAAAGAUAGACCCCGAGAUCUUGAAUAACAUGAAGAUGAUAGAUUUCGUGGGAUAUGCGCCCAAUCCAGGUCAUCAAAAAAGAAAUCAGGAACCCUUAUCCCUAUUUGAAGAUGAGGCGGAGCUGGACGCGACGAGCACAAGGAUGCCCAAGUAUUAUCGGAGGGUUGAGAUCAUGUACAGUCGAUUUGGGGUGGACGACUUUGACUUUGACACAAUACCACAAGCAUCUGCGCUCGAGCUCUUUGAACCUGAGGAGCCAGAUGAGAAAACAGCAUAUUCUCUGCUCAUACAAAAUUUCAAUCGAUUUAUCCUCGAGCAAUUACACCAGGAGUGCAAUUCCGACAACAACCCUCGGCUAUUAAAAUCCUUGCCUUUGGAGCAGACGUCUUUGUCGAUGGUUCAACAGUUAUUCGGGAUGCAGGUGGUCUCGAUCAAUUUGUGCCAAUGUGAGACCAAAACUGAACGCCACACAAUACCGUUCGUUGUUGACUUGAAUUAUUACGCAAAUAACUCUAAAGGAAAAGGCUCGGCGGUGAAAUCGUUCGUUGAAGUCUUACGCUCGUGCAUACAGCGCGAAACUCAACCCAAGGCGUGGUGCAACAAGUGUCGGAAGUAUGUUCCCACGAUAGCCAAGAGAAUCCCAAAGGGGCUGCCACCUAUUUUGUCGAUCAACUGUGGUCUUGGAACAACGGCACCAGCGGAAUUUUGGCGAUCCCCUGAUGGAAAUAAAUCUUGGCUGGCGAAGAGAAUUUCCAUGAGCAUCAAUCAGGAUGACUUGAACAUAGAGGAAAUAGCUGCAUGCGCGUCAAUUGACGUUAAUCACACUGGAAACUCGAAUUACGCAAAUUACGAAUUAACGGUAGUAAUCGAGAACGAACGUCAAGUUAAACCGGAGAAAGAGAUUUCACAUCUCGUCGCCUUCGUCAAAGUUUCGAAAGAAGAAUUAGAAUCAUCCAGCAAAGGACCUUGGUAUCUUUUCAAUGAUUUUUUGGUGAAAAAUGUCAACGAACAAGAGGUUUUUAAUUUUCAAGGCCCAUGGAAAACCCCGGUUCUUCUGUAUUAUUCACGAGUUGAUAUAUCGGACCUGAUGGAUACCAGCGCUUUGCCUUCUGAAAUCGAUAAAUCCAUCUUGUUCAAAGAGAUUUCCAUCUCAAACGCGAACGUCAAAUCGGUUCACCUGUUGACACCUGAGGAAUUGCCACAACCCGGAACCUUGGUUGCAAUAGACGCGGAAUUCGUGGCUUUAAAUCAGGAAGAGACUGAAAUUAGGAGUGACGGAACGAAAUCAGUCAUUCGUCCCAGGCGCCUUAGUUUGGCACGAGUUAGUGUGCUACGUGGGGAAGGUGCAAAAGAAAACCUUCCAUUUAUCGACGAUUACAUUGCUACAUCGGAGCCCGUGGUGGACUAUUUGACCGAAUUUUCCGGGAUCGAAGCUUGGUACUUGUUAAGACAAGACAUCCAAACUGAUACGCACGAUAGCAUUGAAGAUGCGAGAACGGCAUUGGCAGUGUACAAAAAAUAUUUGCAAUUCAAAUCCGAAGGCAUAUUUGAAGAAGUGUUAGAAGACAUCUAUGAUGAAGGAAGAAAGUGUAAUUGGAAACCUACGCCUGGCAUGUUUCCAACGAUGAAAAUUGGGAGUGCUCCGACACCACCAACCACCAACCCUCUCGACGACAAUGGUAACUCUCCUGGACUUUCUGCUGACGGGGAUAACGAUAAUUUGGAGUGA